UUUGACAGUUGACACAAAAACAUAGAAAUCGAGAUUUUCACGUGUGCUUUUAAGAAUUUUGUAUUAUUAAUUUUAUUUGUUAAACUUAUCAUGAAAAUACUGUCACAAUGUUGGUAACAGAAGAUAAAGAGCUCGACUUAUUCGUCGCCUCUAAGAUAGGAUCUUUUAAGCACAUAAAGUACUACACACAAGCAUCAAAAAACAGCAAGAAAUGUAUAGAGAACCUGGUAGAGAUCAAAAGUCUGCAGAAAGAUGACGCCAUCACAUGCAUGGUGUGGGGGAACACAGAUCAGACUGAGAUACUGAUCGGCAGGAAGAACCAACAGAUCCAAGUAUACAACACAAUCCAAGGCUUCACAAAGACCUACACAGCUGACUUCGCCACUGGGGACAUAGUGGGCCUAGGCAAGCACAAGCGACGGUUGGUAGCGGCGCUUACCAGCGGUACAGUGCAGGUGUGGAGCAAGAAGGAGCCCCUCACUGUCAACACUUGCGGCAAGUUAGAUAGGAUGCAGCUGUGCGAGCAGGAUAGCACAUUGUUUGCGACAGGUGGUGAAGAAAACGACCUAAAAGUGUGGCGAAUAGGCGACCAGCAACCCCUGUUCACGGCCAAGAACCUGCCCAACGACUGGCUGCAGCUGCGUCGCCCCGUGUGGGUCACCGACCUGACCUUCCUCAGCCAGGAGUUGCUGGCGGUCUGCUCCAGGCAUGGCUACGUGAGGUUAUACGACAGUCGUGCGCAGCGCAGGCCCGUUUGUAAUGUGGACUUUGAAGCCAAGGCUGCCACCUGCAUCACCAAGGGCUUCGAUGAACGUCAAGUGUUUGUCGGGUUCGGUCGAGGCCACCUCCACCAGGUGGACCUCCGUCGGGGCAAGCCGGACAAAGGGUACAAGGGGGCAGUGGGUGCCAUCACCAGUAUAGCGCUGCACGACGGCUUGCUGGUGAGCACCAGCCUGGACCGGCACAUCAGGGUGCAUGACAGACAGAGCAAGGACUUGCUCUACAAGCAAUACCUGACAUCCAAGUUGACCUGCGCGUUGGUGCAGUCUGCCACCAGCACGCCGCUGCGGAGGGCGGACGCAGAGGUGAAGGAGGAGGAGCAGACCGCAGUCUUGGAGGACGACAUGGACACUAUGUUCGACAACAUGGAGACCAUAGGUGAAAAGCCACGCAAGAAGCGCACCGAAGCAUUGGAUACAGAAGUAUUAGAUACAGAAGUAUUGGAUACAAGCGAAGCAAAGAAACUGAAGCCCUCAACGGAAGGAAGCACUGCUGAUGAUACAAUUGACAGCCAAAUGCCUGACGAAGCGAUCGCGCAACUGCUUCGAAGCACAGAGAGACAGAAGCGUAGGAUGGAGAAGCGGAAGCGGGAGAAGAAAGCGAAGAGCAUUUAUCAUAACGCUUGAAAUACAUUGUUUAGAUAUA